AUGUUUGAUUUGCUUCGCUUUGUCUGUGAACUUAUAUUUGGUUCUUCACUAUCUCUUUCACAUGAAUGUUUCGACUAUCUCUCGUCUAAUCUUCAUGGCAUAGUCACACAACUCAUUCAACAAUCAUUUUCAAUUGCAUUACGAUCAAAACGAACUCAAUUAAUAGGUGAUGAUUUACAAUUAAUACUUAAAUGUCGAGCUAUAUCUCCAUUAUACGGUUAUUGUUGUUCGGUAAACACAGAUAAAUUACCAUUGUUUGAAGCUACACAUCAACUUGGACGUAUAUUAUUUGUUCAAACUGAUACUAUGAUUAAUUUGAAUGAAAAACAUUUAACUAACACAGAUAAUUCGUAUCAAAAUAAGAAUUUUCAAUUGGAAAAAAUUCGGAAAAAAAGUAUUGUUUUAUGUAAUGAUAUUCUUCUUCAUGUUGAAUGGUUAACUAUAGCUGGAGAACAAAAAUAUCUUCAAAUAAAAUCAUCAUUAUUUAAUAAAUCAAUAUUAAAUAUUGAACAACAAUUAUAUUUAUCGUUUCUUCAAUCAAAAAAUUUUAAUGAAGAAAUUUGGAAUUUUUUACGUUAUGAUCAAAUUGCAUUAAAUACUAUUCUUUCAUAUCUUAUUGAAUGGUGUCGAAAUAAUAUUUGUGAAUGUCUUAUACAUAGUUGUCGAUUAAAGAAACGUUGUCAACUUGCUUCUUAUCUUAUUAUUAUUGAUUGUUUACUUCAAAAUUCAUUAAUAAAUAUUAAUCAUUAUUUACAUAUUCUAUCACCAAUAAUUAUGACUUGUCUAUUGUAUGAAUUUGAGAUAGAUGACUUGUUAGAUUAUAAUGAUAGUAAUAUGAAAUCUGCUGCUGAUACUGGUCAUGUAUGGUCACUUCGUUUAUUAGCUGCUCAAGCAUGUGUUAAAAUGUUACAACGUUCAAAUUUUCUCGUCUAUGAUAUUUUUUACACACGUAUUAUCUCGCGACUUAUUUAUUCACUUACUAGUUCAAGCAGUCCAUCUUCUGUGAUUUAUGCUAUUCUUUGUCUAUUUGAACAAUUAGGUUCUUAUGCUUCUCGUACAUUUCUGUUGCCUUAUUUGCUAGAUAUAGAUUCAUCAAAGAUGCUUUCUUCAAAAUUAAUACUUGCAGUACUUGAACGUAUUGCUUUAAUGAUUGCAGAAAAAUAA